UCUGGAAACGUCACAUGUGACAAUCCCAUCGUUGCUGUCGAUCUUGACGCGAAUAAUGAUGAAGCAACUAACAUAACGGACGGAUCCACAACUGCGUUAAAGUCCCCAGGCUAUCCAUACAUGGUAAUGAUGCAUCAAUUCUUGGGAUACGGAUACGUAGAAUGCGCCGGCACGGUUUUAUCCAAAAGAUGGAUUCUCACAACCGCGCAUUGCGUAGAAAGAUACCCCCGAACAUUUCUCGUAGAGUUUGGUAUCAGCGACAAGUUAGGCAUUGGAUACGAGCUUUUUCGAAUCUUCGGUAUGUCGAUGAUUACACUUCUCAUUGUGUCGAUGGUUACGACUCAAGCGUUUAUACAUCCGCAAUACGCAAUUGGCUAUAAUGAUAUUGCGUUACUCUACAUGCCACAAGAUAUUCCCUUGUCCAAGGUAUGA